CAACCCUUGGAACCCUUGGGAACCAGGGGCCCACUGUCUCGUGUGGAUCCUCAUACGCAGGCAGCCAGGGCAGCCCAACGAACCCUGGAGCCCUGGGGCCCUGGGGCCCUGAAGCCAUCGACUGACUGACCUGCCCACACCUCGAAAGCCCAUCAGGCUCACCUCGUGCUCACUCACACUGGCUGCUGCUUGCCAUUCAUUGCCCCAUUGCUCCAUGCUUAAGUACCUAGGUACCUACUCUAUACCUGCAUACUGCCUAUCAACAUUCAUCCAAGACGCAUGAGCAGGAGCCUGGCCGGCCGCAGCUCGAGUCGUUUCAGCAUCGUCAGUCGCGUGGGCAGCGAGCACAGAUCAAGUGCGCGCUCCCGAGCCGGCCCUCGAGGCCCCGCUAUGCUGAUUCACCACUGAAGCGGCUUGUGGCCGACGUCCACGGCCGAUCUCCCAUCGGACUCAGAUCUGCUCCAUUCUUGCCGUGGGCCAUGGUCGUACGGGACAUGGGCAGUAAUCUGCCCAAGUGCCGAGGCUGCCAGUGUCCUCCCACUCAAUUGGAUCUGCGACACUGCAUCUGUCCCCGGGACGAGAAUGACAUGCUUUGCAUCCCGGCACAGACCUGAUGCUACCUUGCCGUGCUCUGCCUCUGUCCAGGCUGGGAACAUGAUAUUCUCGUGUAACACAGACUCGACAUGGCAGCAUGGAAGGGCGAGAGAGUACGUACAAUUGAUCAAUCUGACGCUGCUAGCUCCUGUCACAAGACAACCACGCGAUACUGUGUACCCCGGGCCGGGGGGAAUGGAGGAGGGAGGAGGGCGCCAGGGCGCCAGGGCGCCUCGUCUGCCUGUCUCUAAACCGCAAAAGGACCGAGGCUGAGUACGACGGCCUCGUGGGCAGACUCGCGGCAGGCCGGGACUAUCCAGCCAUGCUCGUUGUGGUUGUGGGCCCCUUUUUUCAUUGAGCAGCACACUGGUCCCUCCUUCAUCUACUGUGGUAUAGUAGUAGGAUGGAGUACUCCGUUGGCUGUCUCGUAUGUCAUCCCGUGCCCCAGAGUCAUCCGAAGCGUCGGUCCCGCUAUUCCAGGUCGAGCAUCCCGGCCCAGCGACGCCUCCAAGGCGGCCUGGCGGCAGGACAAGAGGCCCAGACGAGAGCGAAGGGGGCAUACUGUGUAGGUGCCCAGGUGGUGUGCGAGGGUGAUCUCAUAUCGGCUCCCCCCACGUGCUGGCUCUGCGUCCUGGUCCCUCACUCCGCGCGCCGCUCAAGAGGGAAGUUCAGAAUUAGGUUUGCGAUCGAUCUGCAGCCCGUGACGUCAAAUCUCUCGCUGUUCCGGCCCUUCUCUUGCACGAUAAGCGCGGCGAACAGCCACUCGAUUCGAUUCCCUGGCACCAGAGUCCCUGGCACCAGAUUCCCUGGCACCGGCGCAGAAAUAAGCAGCGGUUCCCUAGGCUCUCGCUCACAAUCCCCUCUGCGCCAAUAUCCAGUCCACAAUUUCGCAGGACUACCGCAGAUCCAGUUACGAAACGCAUCCUACGCCGGGACACCCACUCUGCCCCGGCUAGGCCUUGUGUCACCGAGGGUAGCAUUUGACUUCUGCUCGCCUCCCAUCCCACCUACAUAGUUCCUUACAUGGUCCCUUUUUGCAGACACAUAUUAUUCCUGGACUGUCCGCCUCUCGACCGACCAGACCCUGUUGUCAGCACUCUGACGGUCACACUUCCUACCGCCCCUACUCCGGCCCUAUUCCGACGAGCUGGCCCAACAACAAGCAGUCUAAUAAGCGAUGACCAGGCAGACAAUGCCAGUCAAAUGUUGUUGAUCCUCCAGCCCCCGCUUUGAUCAGCACAAACACUUGCCGCCCAAGACCUCCCAGCGUGCAUACCGCAUGCCAACGACUCAAAGAGACUGACUGGACAGCGCCUGGUGUCUGUCUCUCCAUCUGACGUCUCACAAUCCAGCGCCGUUGCAACGGCCCCGGCGACCAACGCAACACACAGACCGACGUUACUUGCGCCGCCCGGCCCUUGCUAAUUAUACCAAGGCGCCGAGCGCGCAGUCCGGAACCGGGUGCGGAAUUGUGUACGAGGCUGCAGGGACGCCCUCGCGCUCAACCCCCCCCCCCCCUUCUAGCAGCCAUUGGUCUCGUCGGGUGUGGUUGCCCCUGACCGACGCCGUAGAGCAGACUUCUGCUCCGUUGCGACUCUUCAGGUAGCAGCGGCGCAGGCCAAGUCUCACAAGAUCUCGCCAGACCCGUGGUUCGCUCCCUCCAGGUCGCAAAAUGGCCGCGACAGUGGCCCAGGUGCCCGCGACAGUGGGCCACACAGGUGCAAAUCGGAAUCUGGACAAGGCGCAGUCCAUGAGCGGCAUAGUGGUCCCUGGAGCGCCCCAUGAUGCAUCAAAGACAUCCAGAAAACUGCAGCUGGACGACUUUGCGAAAGUGCGAACUCUAGGCACGGGCACAUUCGCUCGCGUAUGUCUCGUACGAUUGGCGAACCCAAACAACGAGGCAGAGCGGACAAGGGUAUUUGCGCUCAAGAUCCUACGGAAAACAGAAGUCAUCAAACUGAAGCAGAUCGACCACGUCCGUCAUGAGCGGGCGAUCCUGGGUGAGGUGAGCGGCCACCCCUUCAUAACCAACCUCCUGGCCUCCUUCUCCGACCGCGACUCGCUCUACCUCCUCCUCGACUACGUGCCCGGCGGCGAGCUGUUCUCCUACCUCCGCAAGUUCCGCCGCUUCGACGAGAAGAUGGCGCGCUUCUACGCCGCCGAGAUCGUCCUGGUCCUCGAGUACCUGCACGAGCAGCAGGGCGGCGUCGCCUACCGGGACCUGAAGCCCGAGAACCUGCUCCUGGACGAGGAAGGGCACAUCAAGCUCGUGGACUUUGGCUUCGCAAAGAGGCUCGGCGGGAGGGACGGCACGUCCGAGACCUACACGUUAUGCGGCACGCCCGAGUACCUGGCCCCGGAGGUCAUCCAUAACAAGGGGCACACCACGGCCGUGGACUGGUGGGCCCUGGGGAUCCUGAUAUACGAGUUCCUGACGGGCUACCCGCCGUUUUGGCAUCAGAACCCAAUCGAGAUAUACAAGCAGAUUGUCGAGAAGCCAGUAAUCUUCCCACAAGAGCCGCCCAUCUCCCCAGAGGCGCAGGAUAUAAUCCGGUCCUUCUGCAACGCGGACCGGUCGCGCAGGCUGGGCAACGUGAGCGGCGGCGCCAAGCGCGUGAAAGAGCACCCCUUCUUCCGGGGCGUCAACUGGGACGACGUCUUCAACCGGCGGCACAGGGGCCCCAUCAUCCCGCCCAUCAGGUUCCCUGGCGACGCGCAGUGCUUCGACAUAUACCCGGAGGAGGACGCCUCGCGGGACAAGUACACCGAGGACCUGAGGGAGAAGUAUGAUGUGUAUUUCCAGGAUUUCUAACCUGGUCGGGUCGCUGGAGUCGGGCGGGACACGGCAUCCUUUCAGCAGCAGCAACAGCAGCAGCAGCAGGGGCGAGGGGCGGGAGCUUUUGAUUUGAUUUGCACCCCCCUCCUGGAGAAAGCACAAGGCUGAGGAGGAGGACGAAGCGAAGUCGGGCAAUAGGAGGAGACAUCAGCGUGGCGGGUUCUGCGAGCGGGUAUUAAACCCCCCUCCACACGCCUGCAGCCACCUUUUUUGAUUUUAUCUGGUCGGGUUGGAUUCAUCAGGUCGAGGGUUGACAAACCCCUCACAUCAACAUCUUUGGAGAGAGCGCCGUGAGCGCCGUGAGCAUUGAGCAUCAGGGAUUUAUUAGAGGACGGGCGGGAGAGCGCAUGGGAGGCAUGGAAUGAACCAGCCGCACGAGAAAGACGAUAUUGUCUUUUAUCAUCGUCGUUAUCCUCAUGUACCACAACAGAAGCAAGCAAAGAUAAGCAAGCACCAAACUGCAGAGACGGGCAGCAGCCGUCUCCAGCCAGCCCUACUGCUCCUCGCGUCUUGCUGCGACGCCUCAUCCGUCACCCUUGUGCGCUUGUGUACGCCUACAUACGUGACACUUGGCCCCCCGGCGCCUCUUCCACAGACUGACUGCAUGUGGCUUCGGUCCGGGCCUUGCCUCAUGUGCGCCCGGUCCAGCCGCAGCAGUACAGCAACCUGGUUACGCGGAGAUCUCUCCCCUGGUUGGUCUGCCUGAACACCCGACUGUGUUCCAUGGGCAUGCCACAGUCACCAACAGUCACGGGGGGGGGAGAGGAUAAUACCCCCUUUACAGAAGCCAGAGUAAAAUUUAAGAUGCCACUAUUUGGGCCUCAGUGCAG